GCGGGGCGAGCUGGAGCGGGCGCAGAGAGGCGGCGGAGGCGAGCGACAGCGAACAGUUGCAAACUAGACUGCCAGGGGUCUACGCGGUUGUCGUCGCUGCAAUACCUUUGUUUCUUACAUGAAAUAGGACAGUCGCCACGGGAACACGGUUUGUGGCGCUCCUCUUUAAAGGUUUCCUGCUAUUCCAUGGUAACACAGAGCUGAACACAAGAGGGUGUUGAACAUGGCCGUGUGGAUCCAGGCGCAGCAGCUGCAGGGAGAUGCUCUCCAUCAGAUGCAGUCCCUGUAUGGGCAGCACUUCCCCAUCGAGGUGCGACAUUAUCUUUCCCAGUGGAUCGAAGGACAGCUGUGGGAUAACAUCGACCUGGAGAAUCCACAGGAGGAGUUUAAGGCCAAACGGCUACUGGACAGUCUGAUUCAGGAGCUGCAGAACAAGGCUGAGCACCAGGUGGGAGAGGAUGGCUUCCUGCUCAAAAUCAAACUGGGACACUAUGCCAGCCAGCUAAAGAGCACGUAUGACCGAUGUCCUCUGGAGUUGGUCAGAUGCAUCAAACACAUCCUCUACACCGAGCAGCGACUCGUCAGAGAGGCCUCCAACUCGAGCUCGCCGGUGGGGGGGAUUAUGGACAGCAUGUCGCAGAAAUAUCAGCAGAUCAACCAAGCCUUCGAGGAGCUGCGUCUGUUAACGCAGGACACAGAAAACGACCUGCGCAAGCUUCAGCAGAACCAGGAGUAUUUCAUCAUCCAGUACCAGGAGAGCCUUCGGAUCCAGGCUCAGCUCACCAGUCUGGCCACGCUGCCACCUGCUGACCGACAACUACGGGAGCCUGCUCUCCUCAACAAGAGAGCAACAGUGGAGGCAUGGCUGACCAGAGAGGCCAACACACUACAGAAAUACAGACUCGAUCUGGCUGAGAAGCAUCAGAAAACACUGCAGCUGCUCAGGAAGCAGCAGACCAUCAUUCUGGACGACGAACUGAUCCAGUGGAAGAGAAGACAACAGCUGGCAGGCAAUGGGGGCCCACCUGAGGGAGGUCUGGACAUCCUGCAGUCCUGGUGUGAAAAGCUGGCGGAGACCAUCUGGCAGAACAGGCAGCAGAUUCGGAGGGCCGAGCACCUCCGACAGCAGCUGCCCAUCCCUGGUCCCAUAGAAGAACUUCUCAGCGAACUCAAUAGUACCAUCACAGACAUCAUUUCAGCACUGGUUACCAGCACCUUCAUCAUCGAGAAACAGCCUCCGCAGGUGUUGAAAACCCAAACCAAGUUUGCCGCCACUGUGCGCCUCCUUGUUGGAGGGAAGUUAAAUGUGCACAUGAACCCGCCCCAGGUCAAGGCCACCAUCAUCAGCGAGCAGCAAGCCAAGGCCUUGUUAAAGAACGAGAACACAAGGAACAGCGGCGAUAUACUCAACAACAACUGUGUGAUGGAGUACCACCAGACCACGGGAACAUUGAGUGCUCAUUUUAGGAACAUGUCUUUAAAAGGGAUCAAGCGGUCAGACAGAAGAGGAGCCGAGUCCGUCACGGAGGAGAAGUUCACCAUUCUCUUUGAGUCUCAGUUCAGCGUUGGCGGUAAUGAGCUGGUGUUCCAAGUGAAGACUCUGUCGCUUCCGGUGGUGGUGAUCGUCCAUGGUAGCCAAGACAAUAAUGCAACAGCCACCGUGUUGUGGGACAAUGCUUUCGCAGAGCCGGGUCGGGUUCCUUUCAUGGUUCCAGACAAGGUUCUCUGGCCUCAGCUGUGCGAGGCCAUCAACAUGAAGUACAAAGCUGAAGUUCAAAGCAACCGCGGCCUGUCGGAAGAGAACCUGGUCUUCCUUGCUCAGAAGGCCUUCAGCAGCUCCGGCAGCAACUCAGACGACUAUCGCAACAUGACCAUGACAUGGUCGCAGUUCAACAGGGAGAGCCUGCCAGGACGGAACUUCACGUUUUGGCAGUGGUUUGAUGGUGUGAUGGAACUCACUAAAAAGCACCUCAAACCACACUGGAGUGACGGGGCCAUUUUGGGAUUUGUGAACAAGCAGCAGGCCCAAGACAUGCUGAUGUCCAAACCCAACGGUACCUUCCUCCUGCGCUUCAGUGACUCUGAGAUCGGAGGGAUUACCAUCGCCUGGGUGGCUGAAAAUCCCAACAAAGCAGGCGACCGAAUGGUCUGGAACCUCAUGCCGUACACAGCCAAAGACUUCACCAUCCGCUCUCUGGCUGACCGUAUCAGCGAUCUCAACCACUUGCUGUUCCUGUACCCAGACCGACCCAAGGACGACGUUUUCUCCAAAUACUACACGCCUCCACUCUCCAAAGCGGUGGAUGGCUACGUGAAGCCACAAAUCAAGCAGGUGGUGCCUGAGUUUGCUACGGCGAAUCCAGACCCAGCCAGUGGCAAUCAAACCUAUAUGGAUCACGGCGCCUCUCCUGCUCCUGUAAAUCACCCGCACCCAUACGGCAUGUACCCACCCAUGAGCGACAACAUCCUGGAUGCCGACGGUGACUUCGACCUGGACGACACCAUGGAUGUGGCGAGACACGUGGAGGAGCUCCUGCGACGGCCCGUGGAGAGCCAGUGGGGAGGGCAGCAGUCAUGAUCGCUGGAGCCGGCAGAACCACCCCCUGCCUCCCGCCCCGCCCCGCCACCCGCUGACAUUUCUCAUGGUUUAAUUCCAUUCGUUCGUCUCUCGAAUAGCUAUAAUGUGAACUGUUGAUGUUUUUAUUUCUGUUCCUCUCAGCAUGAGUGCCCGUCUCUCUGUGACCCGUCUCUCUCUCUCUCUGUCUUUCGGCUCUUUUGUCCGUGUCCACAAGUGUUUGUCCAAUAGACCUAGGUGGCGGCCAUGUUACAGUGUUGUCUAGCGACACCACCAGAUUUCACCCGCCGAUUCCUACAGAAAAAGACGCGACUGUUCCAGCUCAUUCUUGGAUUUGGGGCGUCUUUGAAACCUCAUUGUUUGGUAACUCAUCGCUUUGCAUGUUUCCUUCAGUCCAUACACUAACCUGCCGACUGAUGUCGACACACACACAUCAGCACUUCUGCCACCAGCUGUAGCGGGGGGGGUGAUCGCACUCCCCCCCCCUCACCCCAUCCUCACAGGGCUAUCUCACAUCACUCUUAAAAAUGCAACACACUUGUAUCCCUUUCAUUUGUUGCCAUCUGACUUGCAUGCUACAGUAAUAAAAUAGCAUUCAUGAGGCAAUUCUUGAGACGCUGCAUCCGUCUCUUAUCGAAUUAACUACACACUUGGGGUGAGCAGAUUUUAUACUUCUGUCUCCGCCCUCUCCAAUACUGCACGCAGUUCUGCAGCCUCUCAGUCACAAGGUGGCUGGCUUCAGUCCACCCAGGGUUGAGCUCAGGUCGUCUUUGUGUAUUGAGUUCUUCCUGUGUAUGUUUCCUCCUAUAGUCCUGAACACAUCAUUGUGUUAGGAAAGCUCUUGCAUGUCUGUGUGGGAACACAACAGCAAACAUUUCGAAGGCCUCGCUCGCCAAAAUGUGUCUCUUCAAAGGAAAUUUGUGUAAAUUAUGCAGAUUUUUGCCCUUAAAGUUUAAAUUUUAUUAAUUUACAUUAUACUGUAAAGCUAACCUUUUAAUCUUAUAUUUAGGAGGGAACGUAACACGUUUUUUUUAAAGCGUUUUAAGUGUCAACAAAAGGUGUUUCCCAGUUUUUAAGUAGUGGAUAAGUAAACGGAACAAUUCAUGUUCAGGUUUCAGAAUUGUGUCAUUUGAUCAGCCAUAAAGGGUGAAGUGCUUUAUUUUCUGACCACGAUAUGACGUUUCAUGCGGCAUAAAAAAAACAUUUCCAAGUUAAGUUUGCAGUGUUGGAGUUGCGUUUCAUCUCAUACAAGUCAAAUGGCUGCAAUUGUUGGGGACAGUUUACCCGUCGGUCUCUCUCAGGUCCCACCACUCCACUCAUCAAGGCUACCUCGCACUCUCCGAUGACAGUAGCGCCCCCUUGAGCUCUGCUGCUAAGACAAACACACACUAGUUGGUACGAUCUCUCGCUUCUUUCUUUUUGCCUGUGGAUGCUUGAAGACUUGACACCGGGCCUUGCACACCUCUGGACCUUUGGAACCCCACGAUCCCGUCUUGCUGACUAACAGAUUUUCGCUGGCUUGUCCGUGCUGGGACUUUUGCGUUUCCUCUGCUGGAUAGAAACACGUCAGGCCUCAGGAAUGAACCGCUCUGCUUCGCCGAAGAUGAAGCUGAUUUAUGUAUAGAAUCUUUCUUUCUCGCUUUAUUUUGUGAUAGAUUCACUGUCAGAAACCCUUUUGCACCAAUGGAAAAAUCAGAAGGACUCUUGUCUCAACAUAAUAUUUAAAGUGUUUCCUCGCAGUUUUCUAACGUUUUCUAACAAUGAAACUCAGCCACACAAGCGCUCUUGUGGUCCCCUCACCCUCCGGGCUGCUGUUCCACUGUAGCUUCUGUUUCAGCUGACAUGUUGCUGUUGUUCCAUGUAUCUACUGUGUUUGUGCUUUUGGGAUUCACACUUGGAGUUUUUUUUUUUUUUUUUUUAAUGUUUUCCGAGUGGAAAUGGCUGUCGAGUUCAA